ACUGUAAUGAUACUACGCAAUUUGUAUGACAUAUGACAUAUGCCGUAUGCGUGCCGGUAUAUAACAUCCGUCAGAACAUCGCUGCGUUACAACAGAUCUUCACGUGUUAUAUUUCAGAGUACUUUAAUUAGGAACCGACCAUGAGACUUAACUCCAUCCUUCCCAACUUUGAAGCAGAAACAACUCAAGGGCCCAUUAAUUUCUAUACUUGGCAAGGAAACUCAUGGGUUGUUCUAUUCUCCCAUCCUGCUGAUUUCACACCAGUUUGUACUACUGAAUUAGGACGUUUAGCAGUACAUCAGCCUCAUUUUGAACGUCGCAACACGAAACUGCUAGCUCAUUCUGUUGAUAAGCUGAAGGAUCAUGUUGAUUGGGUUAAUGACAUUAAAUCCUACUGCCAAGAUAUUUGCGGAGCUUUCCCUUAUCCAAUCAUUGCUGACCAUGACCGAAGUUUGGCAGUGAAAUUGGAUAUGAUUGAUGAAGAAAGCAAAGAUAAUCCAGAUCUAGCACAAACUGUUCGUGCUCUAUACAUCAUAAGCCCUGAUCAUCGUGUACGCUUGUCAAUGCAUUAUCCAACAUCUACUGGUCGCAAUGUGGAUGAAAUAUUGAGAGUUAUAGACUCUUUGCAACUUGUUGAUAGAAAACCAGGAAUAGCAACCCCUGCUAAUUGGGUGCCAGGAGAAAAAGUUAUGAUUCUUCCUACUGUGAAGGAUGAGGAUCUUCCUAAAUUGUUCCCUAAAGGAGUUGAUAAAGUAACAAUGCCUUCUGGAAAGGUUUAUGUACGCACCACCACUGAUUAUUAAGUGCAUCUACAAGUAAAGCUUUGAAUAAAAUAUAAUUAUAAUUAACUAACGUGAUCUUAGAAAUGAAAUUAUAGAAGAAAAUAUAUCACUAUUCAAGUCUAAUUACAACAGUUAAUAUGUAGGAAUGUUAUAUUCAUAAAUAUAAAAAUAAUAGUAAUCAAA